ACCUUGGCUUUUCUCUCUCAUUCAUUCCCUUCCUGCUCAAUUUCAGUCGCUCCUCCCCUCCUCUCCCCCUCUUCCUCCUCGGCUCGGAUCCCAUCGCUCGCCAUCGAUUCCUCCUGUUGGUGGUGAGAUCCAAGCCCUAGACUCAAAUCGGAAAUCAAAUCGCAUGGACGGCGCCAACUGGCGGCCCACCCAGGGGGCCGACCCUGCCGCCGUCGCAGCCGCCGGCGGCGUCGACCCUAACGCCCCAGCCCCCGCCGGAGGCGACUGGCGCGCCCAACUCCAGCCCGAGGCGCGCAGCAGGAUCGUCAAUAAGAUAAUGGAGACUCUGAAGAAGCACCUUCCAGUAUCAGUGCCAGAGGGACUGAGUGAGCUUGAAAAAAUUGCUGUGCGAUUUGAAGAGAAGAUCUAUACUGCAGCAACCAACCAGUCGGAUUAUUUGCGGAAGAUUUCUUUGAAAAUGCUCUCUAUGGAGAGUCAGACAAAGUCACAACAAAACCCUGGAAAUUCUCAAGUGAUUCCAAAUCCCAAUCUCCACGGCCCAGCACCUGGACUUCCUCCACAAGGCAGUAAUCCAGCACAGUCAUCAGCAAUCCCCUUGAUGUCUCAGCAACAGACCCGGCAGCCAAAUACUUCUACAUCUGUACAAGCUUCUUCUCUCCCUAGUCUUGGUCAGAGCUUGCCGAGUGUUGGCCAUGCAUCAACGCUGCAGAAUAUGUCUGGCAUGCCACAAAACACUAUGAACAAUGGCUUGGCACAAGGUGCUACACAAGAUAUGUAUGCUGCACAAAGGCAAAUGGUAGGAAGGCAGCAGCAGCAGCAACAAGCACAAAAUCAAUUAAUUUAUCAGCAGCAGCAAAUGUUGAUGAGAGAGAAAUUGCAGCAGAGUUCACUUAUGCAGCCACACGCACAGCAGCAGCAAUCUUUGUUGCAGUCAACACAGUUGCAAUCUUCGCAGCAACCCAUGAUGCAAAUGUCAUCUGGCCUUCAGCCUGGGCAGUCCAUUCCACAGACACAGCCGAUGGCCAUGCAGUCUCAGAGUGGUAUUCAACAGAAUCCAUUGAACUCAGUUCAACAAUCUGUGCAAUCACUACUCCAGCAACCUACACAAUCUGUUGUGAGGCAACAGCAACAUCCACAGUCCUCCAUGCAUCAGCAGCCUUCUCUGCAACAGGCUCAGCCAACUCAGCAGCCCAACAUUCCUUUGCAACAACAGCAGCAACAGUUAAUGAGCCAGCAGCCAAAUUUACAACAAAAUCAAUUAAUCGGUCAACAGAAUAAUGCUGUAGAGAUGCAACAGCAACAAAGGCUACCAGUUCAGUCAAAUAAUCUUUUGAAUAUGCAGCAAACACAGCAGAUGCUGAACCAGCAGUCUAUGUCCUUGCACCAGCCACAACAAUUGGGCUCCCAGGCAAAUAUGUCAAGUCUACAGCAGCAGCAGCAGCAGCAGCAGCUUCUUGGAACUGUGCCUAAUGUUUCCAACAUUCAACGAAUGCAUAUGUUACAACAAACAAAAGCAGCAAUUCAGCAACCGCAGCAGCAACAGCAUGCUCAGCAGCCAUCGAUGGGUUUGAUGCAACCUCAAUCUCAGCAGAACCAACUUCAGCAACCAAAGCAGCAUAUAAUGCCGCAGUACCAGUCUCAGUCUAAUCAAUUGCAACAGCAAUUGGGAAUGCAACAGCAACCUUCAAUGCAACAAAGACUUCAAACUUCAGCUGGCAUGCUCUUGCAGCAGAAUAAUAUUGAUCAACAAAAGCAAUAUAUUCAGGCACAGAGGGGUCUUCAAGAAGUUUCAUCCAGUACAUCUGUGGACUCCACUGCUCAAACUGAUCAUCCAGGUGCAGGAGAUUGGCAAGAGGAGUUAUAUCAAACGAUUAAGGUCUUAAAAGACCAGUACUUUGCAGAACUCAAUGAUUUGUACAAUAAGAUAUCUAUGAAGCUACAAUAUGUUGACAACCACAUGCUACCUCAAAAGCAAAUGGACCAGUAUGAAAGGAUGAAGGGUUUUAAAGUAAUGUUGGAGCGCACAUUGCAUUUCCUGCAAAUCAACAAGAGCAGUAUUCAGCCAGGUUUCAGGGAGAAAAUCCCUGUAUACGAGAAGCAAAUUAUCAGUAUCCUUAAUUCACAAAGAAGGAAGCCUGUGCAGACACCAGGACAGCAAUCGUAUCAGCAAUCUGGUGGGCAAGCUCCUUGCUCUAACAUUUCACAGCAACAUCAGGCUUCCCAAGGUUUGCAGCAGCAUGAUAACCAUACUAAUCAGAUGCCUCAAGCAGGUUUACCAAAUAUGAGCACAGGAGUACAGUCCUCCGGUGCUGCUGGUGUCCAGCAUGUACCUGUGCCUCAAGCAACAAACUUUGGUGUUCCAACAACACAGCAAAAUGUUGCAAAUACACCACAGGCUGGCUCUAAUUUGGAGACUGCCCAAGGAAAUAAUUUUAAUUCUGUGCAGCAUGGUUCAAUGAGUGGUGCAUUGCAACAGGGAAGCACUGGGCCCUUGCAGGGUGCAAUGAAUGCACAACAGCAGUCUAGUAGUAACAUGUUAUCUCACAACUCGAUGAGUACAAUGCAGCCUAAUACCAAUUCAAUGCAAGCAAACGCAAGCUCAUUGCAGCAGAUAAAGCAGCAACAGCAGGAGCAUCACAUGCUGCAAAGUCAGCAAAUGAAACGUCAGAUGUUUCAACAGUUACAGCAAAAGCAAAUGCUUCAACAGCAGCAAUUACAGAAACAACAGCAAGUGCAGAUGCAGGUUCCACAGCUUCAUUCUGGAAAUGAUGUGAAUGAGUUAAAGGUUAGACAAGGAGCUGCAAUGAAAUCUGGAAUUUAUCAACAGGUGGGCCCACGAGGUAACCACUAUCCGCAGUUGAAACAGGGUGGUGUGUUCCCAAUUUCUUCACCGCAAAACCUCCAAGCAUCAUCCCCACAAAUUUCACACCCUUCUCCUCAGGUUGAUCAACACAAUCUGUUGCCAUCUCAACUCAAGACUGGGACGCCAUUGCAUUCAGCUAACUCACCAUUCGUUCCAUCUCCAUCCCCACCUGUUGCCCCAUCUCCUAUACCAGUGGAUUCGGAUAAACCACUGUCCAAUUUAUCAUCACUUACUAAUACUGGGCAAGCUGGGCAUCAGCAAACAUCAUCCCAUGCACCUCAAACGCAAUCAAUAGCCGUCAAUACACCAGGUAUAUCGGCGUCGCCCUUGCUAGCUGAAUUCACAAGUGCCGAUGGAAGUCAGGCUAACGUACCAACUCAGGUUCCAACCAAAUCAAGUGCAGCAGAAAGGCCUCUAGAUCGCUUACUUAAAGCAUUGCGGACAACACAGCAUCAGUCUCUUAUUACCGCAGUUAGCGAUAUAGGAUCUGUCGUCAGCAUGAUUGACAGGAUCGCUGGAUCGGCACCUGGUAACGGUUCUAGAGCUGCUGUGGGUGAAGAUCUCGUUGCUAUGACAAAGUGCCGCUUGCAAGCCAGAAACUUCAUAGCGCAUGAUGGGAGUGGUACAUCAAAGAAAAUGAAACGCGACACGAGUGCUAUGCCUCUUAAUGUUUCAUCAGCUGGAAGUGUCAAUGAUAGCUUCAAACAAUCAUAUAGUGUAGAUACCCCUGAGCUACAAUCAACUGCAACCUCAUGUGUCAAGUGGCAAAAAAUUGAGGUAAACCAUGCUCUGAUGGAGGAGAUUCAGGAGAUAAACCAGCAGCUUAUAGACACAGAGCUCCAUGUAUGUGAGGAUGAUGCCGAGUCAUUUGCUGCAACAUCUGAAGGGGCUGAAGGGACAGUCAUUAAAUGUAUGUUUACUGCUGUUGCAGUUAGUCCCAGCUUGAAGUCCAUGUUUGCUUCGGCACAGAUGAGUCCAAUUUUGCCAUUGAGGUUGCUUGUUCCUGCUAGCUACCCAAAAUGCUCCCCGGUGCUCCUAGAUAAGUUUUCAGAUGAGCAAAGCAGGAACUCUGAUGACUUGUCUACAAAAGCGAAGUCAAAGUUUGGCAUAUUGCUCCGGGGUCUGGCUGAGCCCAUGUCACUGCGAGAGAUUGCUAGGACAUGGGAUGCUUGCGCCAGCAAAGUGAUUGCUGAGUAUGCUCAGCAGACUGGAGGAGGUAGUUUCAGUUCGAGCUACGGUUGUUGGGAAAGCUGCAUAGGCGCUUGAUCGGUUCGUUCUUGCUCUGGCGCUAAUCUUCAUAUUGUGACUUAAUUGGCACUGAUCAUCCUUUGGUGUCGACUUGACUAUAUUUAUACCAUACUUAGCAGUUGAGGAAACAAAGAUGCAUUUGCUACUUGUGUGUUGUUCAUUUUGGUAUUUGUGAUUGUACUUGUGGAGUAGGCACUGUUUAUGUACAGGACAGGUAGCUUAUGAAAUGAACCAAGCAGUGCUUGGCCGAAACCUAGAAAUGUAUGUCUUGGAAGCAUCCCAAAAUGCCAAAGAAAACCAAUUAUUAGUA